GACGGCGCAGAAAGAGGCGUUGAUGCUAUCUGCGUGGGCGAAGGGAGUCGUAACAGAAAGCAGCAGCAGGAGCACCAACAACGACGACGACGAACAAACAUGGCCGCAUUCCCAAUGGAGACCCUCGACAGCUCCAAACGGCAUGGCCACAUCAAGAUCACAGAUCUUCCCGAAGAUACCCUGCCACGGUCCGAAAAGGACGUCGAGACAUCAGCACCAACACCACCACCAGCCAGGAACUUCCAGACCAGGCUCCUCAACGCCGUCGAGAGGUACUGGCUGUUCGAGUUCUUCGGCUGGACGUUGGCGCUGGGCUGCCUGGUCGGCACGAUCGCCCUGCUCGCCGUCCACAAUGGGCGAGAGGCGCCGACGUGGACGCUGGCCGUGGGCAGCGGGCGGUACCGCAAGACCUUUGGGCUGACCAUCAACACCAUCAUCUCGGUGUUCGCCACGGCGUUCAAUUCAGGACUGUUGAUCCCCGUCGCGGCCAGCAUCAGCCAGUUGAAAUGGAUAUGGUUCCAGAAGGAGCGGCGGCCGCUGGCUCACUUCCAGAAGUUUGAGUCCGCGGCUCGGGGCCCCUUGGGUUCACUCAUCCUCUUGUGGACGUUGCGGUGUCGACGUCUUGCGUGUCUAGGAGCCAUAAUCGUGAUCGCCGCCCUGGGGACUGGAUUCUCGUUCCAAGCUCUGGUGGUCUACCCGCUCCAGCCGGUACAGGUGGACACUGCGCGGAUCCAGAGGACGAAUCUGGACUGGGGCAGCAACUCUCUCACCACAAGUCUCUCCAACGACAUGGUGGGGGCCAUAUAUUCGGGCAUCUACCAGUACACGGACAUGUCGCAGAUGAAGAAUGUCUCGUGCCCGACAGGGAACUGCACCUGGCUUGAGACGUACACGUCGAUGGCCGUGUGCAGCGCAUGCCACGACGUGACGGCUUCACUGCGAAAAUCCUGCGGGACAGCCCAGGUACCGGGGCAGGACGACGGCGCCGGCAAUCCGGUGGCCAACAUCUCCCUGCCGUACUGCAACUACACACUGCCCAACGGGCUCAAAGUGUCGGGGGUGCCGUCGGUCAACUACUCGUCCAUCGACAUCGCGAGCAACACGUCGAAAUCCGUCCAUUUCGACGCCGACUCGGCGCUGUCGGUGCUAUCGAUCAUCCAGACGCAAUGGGGCUACGGGGUCGAGGGCUGGGGCGACCUGACGCCGGCGAGUGACAUCAACGGGAUCGCGACCAAGCAGGCCUUCGAGUGCGGCAUAUACUACUGCGUGCAGAAGUUCAACGCCUCGGUGUCGCGGGGCAAGCUGAGCGAGCGCGUGGUGGACCGCUAUUCGAGCGGUGGCCGCUUCAGCUCGCCGGGCGUGUACGUGCUGGAGCCGCCGUCGUCCUUCACGAACCACUCGAGCGCGGACUCGGCCAACCUCUACCAGAGCAACAACAUCGGGCUGAUCCGCGACUUCUUCUCGACGCAGUGGCAGGGCCAGGUGCUGAUGUACGGGACGCCGCCCGAGAACAAGCCGACGACGUCGAUCGCGCUGUUCCUGUGGGCGCUGUUCUACGAGGAGUCGCCCUUCCAGCAGUUCCAGCGCAUGUUCGCCAGUCUGGCCAAGUCGCUGAGCGACACCAUGCGGUCGUACUCGUUCACCACGGACGCGAUCCCCGCCGCCCUGGGUGCCGUUUACCAGGACAAGCCGCACGUCCAGGUGCGCUGGGGCUGGGUGGCGCUCCCCGCGGCGCUGCUGGGCCUGGCCCUGGUCCUGCUGCUCGGCACCAUGGCGGCGACCGUGCACGACGGGACCCUGCUGUGGAAGGCGUCGAGUCUGGCGGCCUUCUCGCACCCGUUGACCAGCGACGCCCGGGCCGUUGUCAGCGACGUCCACAGUCCCAGGGAGGUGCUGAGGAUUGCGGAGCAGAUGGACGUCAAGUGGGAGAAGACGGAUCGCGGGUUCAGGCUCGUGGGGUGAGGAGGGAGGAGCAGCGGCAGCAAACAAGUAUCUGAGCAGGGCGAGGUGAUUCAUCGGUAUCAUGGUAAUGGAUUCGCUGCUGCAGUACAACAUGACACAACACAAGAUGGCACUGUCAGCCUGUCCAGCCACCCACCUCUCCAGAGCAUCAUCCCUCAACUCGCCGAGAGCAUCCGCUCUUCCACCUCCUUCCAUCCCUCCAGACACGCCUGGUUGAACUCGUCCGGGAACUCCCACAUACAGGCGUGCCCGCCCUUGGUGGUGCGCCAGCGACUCCCGGGGAUGAGGGCGUGCAGCUCUUUGGACAGCGACACGGGGAUCAAGAUGUCUCCUUCGCCCGCGAGCACGAUGACCUCCAUCCCGGCGGCCUUUUCACCGACUUCUCCACCUUUGGCACCCGACUCGGCAGCCGUGGCUCCUAGCCGGCCCACGGAGGCCCGCGUGUCGAAGCCGGUAAUGACGUUCAACUGGGCGAGAUAGGCGCGCAGGCCCAUGUCGCUGUCGAUCUGGGCCAUCUCGGCCUCCAUGGCGGCGACGUCGUCGCGCGUGGCCGGGUCGGCGAAGAAGGCCGGGGUAAACGCCCACAGGGCGACGUCGCGCAUGACGUCCGCGACCGACAUGCGCUGGGCCAUAUCGCGCCACAGCGCGAACAUCCUGCUGCAGAAGGGCCCCGGAGCGGCGUACGUGCACGCGAGGGUGAGGCUGGCGAUUUCACCAUUUCCCUCGCCCUCGCCGCCGCCAUACCGCAGCGCGUAGGUCUGCGCGAUCAUCCCGCCCAUACUGACGCCCAUGACGUGGUAUGGCGUGGCGGCGACGUGCAAGUUCAGCGCCGUGACCAGGCUACGCAGAUCUGCGGCCAUGGUGUCGGCCGUGGAGACCUCGUCGUCGGCCUCAGGCCGCGAGGACAGACCGAUGCCCCGGUUGUCGUACGUGAGCACCGUGUAUCCCGCGCGCGUGAAGGCCGGGAUCUGCGCGGCCCAUGUUGUCUGCGGGUCCGCGAGGCCGUUGAUCAGGACGACCCAUGGUUUGUGCGCCCGUGUGGGCGGGUGGUGGAUCAGGUAGUUGAUGCGCACGGACGGGGAGAUGAUGUGGUAAGGCAUCCUGUCGAACGAGGGGUGGGCGGUCUUGAGAGUCCUGCAGUCGAAGAGGUGAUGGCUGCUCGCGCGAUGAGCAGUAGAAAAUGCGAUGAAAAUUCGAAUCGGAGUGUUAUCCUUCGAUUUUGUGACUGUCUUCUCUUUCGUCGCGCGCUUCCUCUAACCCCUUCGAUGAUAUCGACAGAUAUCGAGUGCUCAACUCCGACCAGACAGUAAAUGCGUGCGCGGGUCCUUUAUGAUCGUUCUCAAACUGCUGGGACGCUCGUCUUAUACACCUGAAUUCGAGGGAUUGAGGUGCGAGAUACUAGGACAUUGCUCAAUCAUAUAAUAACAUAUCCGCAACCUGGUUCUGGCCGAGAGGAAACAGGACAACGAUGCCAAAUACGAGAGAUAAUGAAUGGUCUACAGUGCAUGUCGAGCA